CUCCUUCCCCCACCCACGAUGGCCCAGUAUUUUCAACGAAACGAUUAACAGACACCUCAACAACUGAGGACUGUUUCUCCAAGCAGCGUUCCCCCAGCGCGGUCGCAUGCAUCCCGCAACAUAGCGGCGGUUCUCAAAGAAGGGCCACCCACGCUUCCCCCGCCCGGUGAGAAAGAGGCCGCCGGCCGUAGCUCCGGGCGCGUGCUCUGCCGCUGACACCGCCCCGCGCCCACGCCGCCCCGCCUCCUUCUCUCCAGGACUUCCUGCUGUGCUGCUCGCAGACCCCCGGCGCGCUGCUGCAGGGACCUGACCUAUUCGGAGCGCGCUGUUAGCCAGGGGUACCGGAAGAGGCCGGGCAGCGGGGGAGAGCUGCAGAGGGAGGCGGAGCCCGUCACGCACGCCCAGGGAGGGCAGGGGGAGAGAGGGAGGCACAGUUAAGCGAGGAGCGCGAGGAAGUGAGCUUGGGUCCGACUUGAGCUCUGGCUCAAGACCGAGACUGGUGGGCCAGGACCCCAAGCCGGCGUCACACCCCGUCUGAAGAAGACAGGCGGUCACAUGGCUUCGCCAUUCCUGCUUGCGGGAGCCACUACGGGCGACAGCGGCGGAGAGCUGAGCUCGGGGGACGACUCCGUGGAUAUGGAAUCCCUCCAGAGCCCGGAGACCGAGGCGUCCAGGAGGCUAACAGAGCUGUUUGAGAAGGCUGCCGCGCACUUCCGAGGCCUGGUUCAAGGGGCCAGCAGGGAGCAGCUCUUGUACCUGUAUGCCCGGUACAAGCAGGUCAAAGUUGGAAAUUGCAAUACUCCUAAACCAAGCUUCUUUGACUUUGAAGGAAAGCAAAAAUGGGAAGCAUGGAAAGCACUUGGUGAUUCAAGCCCCAGCCGAGCAAUGCAGGAGUAUAUUGCUGUAGUGAAAAAAUUAGAUCCAAGUUGGAAUCCUCAGUCACCAGAGAAGAAAGGAAAAGAAGCAAAUACUGGUUUUGGUGGGCCAGUUGUUAGUUCUCUGUAUCACGAAGAAAUCAUCAGGGAAGAAGACAAAAACAUAUUUGAUUACUGCAGAGAAAACAACAUUGACCAUAUAACCAAAGUCUUCAAAUCAAAAAACGUGGAUGUGAAUAUGAAAGAUGAAGAGGGCAGAGCUCUACUCCACUGGGCUUGUGAUCGAGGACAUAAGGAACUAGUCACAGUCCUGCUACAACAUAGAGCUGAUAUUAACUGUCAGGACAAUGAAGGUCAAACAGCUCUACAUUAUGCUGCUGCCUGUGAGUUUUUGGACAUUGUUGAGCUGCUGCUCCAGUCCGGCGCCGACCCCACAGUCCGAGACCAGGAUGGCUGCCUGCCGGAGGAGGCAACAGGGUGCAGAGCGGUCACUUUGAUGUUACAGCAGCACACGACUGGCAAGGCUUAAUCAAAAGACUGGAAACCCACAGUCUAUAACAGCACAGGGCUUCAGUGGUGAAAGAAAACUUCAAAAAUAACCCUUCUUUUGCCACCCCUCUUUGGUAUACACUGGCUAAUAAAAUCAGUUGUGAGAAACUGGGGUUUUGAAGUCUCAGCAAUUCCUUCUACUUACAUAUAUUCCAGCAAGUACCGUUUGGUGAUGAACAUGUGUUCUGUGCAUAAUACAAUCCAAUUCCGCUGAACGUGCUCUGAAAUUUAUCACUGUUCUAGAGGCUGGGGGAGGAGGAGAUGCAUCAUAUUUCACAAUAUUAAACACGACUGCUCUUUUAAAAAACAUAGAGAAGGGAAGUAGAACCGGCAGUACUACACUGACAGUUAGGGAAAGUUCCCUGAAAUCCCAAUAUGGUGGAGCUCACACGGUCUCGUGGCAUUUGGUACAGCUGGUCUGAAUAAGUAGCUAAAACAUCUAUUCUUUUGUCAGACAGAAUUGGGAAGAUAGGAAAGAAGAGGGCUGUUAAGAAAGCAAAAGAGAGAAAGGGCAGAGUUUUGUCACGUAAGGGAUAUAGAAAUCAGAGGAGCAACCAGAUUUACGGAAAAACCUCAGAAUCUUGGACAUUUGAGGAUGGAAACACAUAUUCUAGAAGAAUGCACUGGUUAGGUCAGGAUUCCUUAAACUCACCUUUACAAAACAGGGAGGAAACUCCCUAGGACCCUUUUAAUUGGCUAUCACGUUCCUGUCGCAUAUGGCAGCGGUCUCUGUAACUAGCUCAGACCUGAACUGUUAGGCCUGUUUGGGUCUAAUAUGAAACAGCCGUAAUGCCCCAGUACUUAGGUGUGAUUGAAGUUAUUUCUGGAGCACUUCUGUUUUUUAUUAAAAACAUAGAGAAGUACGCCACAGGUUUUAUUUAAAGGAUAGACAAGUAUGCCACUGGUGAAACUGGCUCCCUACAUUUCCCCCUUUAAGCCUCAAGAACUCCAUCUGGGAAAUUCCUUGACAUUUCUUAUUAUGUGAGGAAAGUAGAUAGUUGUCAUAGGAAGAGAAAUGAAGAAACAAGUUGAGAUGCCAAGAUGACCAUUUAAAAGAUAAUUUUUCUAACGUGUCACUCCUAAGAUAGCAAGUAAUAAACUUGUUUAGUGGAGCCCUCAACAAUGGACAAGAGUUUCAUUAGCUCAAGCUAACCUGUCCUUCUGGAACAAGCCCGUCCAGAGCAGCAAUGAGGCAUAUUACUAAUGCUGCUUAUUUUGUGAUUUUUCUAACCUCUUAUUUUCUGAGAUGUAAACCAAACCCACUCACCAAGGUUAUUCAUUUUUUAAAUGACUUCUUAAUUAUCUGUGGAAGUGAUGAGCACGUUAGGACAUACUGAAAUGUUACUGUAAUUCUAGCAGAGCUUUCUCUUCGUUAUCUGUUCUUUUCCCACAGUCCCAGCUACAUGGCAACCUACUGUUCAGCUAAAUUCUCUCAUGUUGCGCAUUAAAUUGAAUGUGUUUUAAGUAACAUUAUUCAUUAGUUACAGUAAAAGUGACCAAGAUGUUGCAUGAAGCUUUUAAUUGAUAUUACUUUGUGCAUUUUUCGGACAUUAGCAAAUCAAAAAGUGUUUAUUCAUUUCCAAUUUCAGGGUAGUUAUCUGAGCAAGAAGCUAUCAAGGAACUCCUUUUUUCAUUUCUCUUUUGUAAUUCGACCUGGGUAUGUAUUAGACAAGUUUUUAAUAAACUGUUUUGCCACAUCUAAAACAGGUUGUUUUUAAAUAAAGAAUGUAAUUUGGUUUUUAUUCAUUUUAUUUUAAGGUUUCAUAUUUGCAUUGAAAGCUAUCACUAAAAACAGUCAUCGGGCUUCCCUGGUGGCUCAGUGGUUGAGAGUCCGGCUGCUGAUGCAGGGGACACGGGUUCGUGCCCCGGUCUGGGAAGAUCCCACGUGCCGCGGAGCAGCUGGGCCCGUGAGCCAUGGCCGCUGAGCCUGCGCGUCCGGAGCCUGUGCUCCGCAACCGGAGAGGCCACAACAGUGAGAGGCCCGCGUACCGCAAAAAAAAAAAAAAAAAAAAAGUCAUCAACUUAACAUUUUCAAGUGCAUUUUAAAAUCAGGUUCCAAAAUCUAUACUUUUGUUGCCCGUAUCUGAAUUUUCAAAAACUUUACUGUCGUAUAUAACAAUCUGUGGAUCAUCUCCCUGUGCCUUAUUAAGGGGAAGAUUUCAUUCAUAAAUGUCAGAGAAAACUGGAUCUUGGUUUGUUUUCAUUCCCCUUAAAUUAUUGAACUAUUAUGAAGUGCAUCAUACUUCAGCCAGAUCAUGAGUUCCAUUGCCAAAGCUGCAGCGAUUACCACCAAGCAAAGAACACAAAGAUCCCACAAGCUGCAUGGCACGGGUUCAACCCCGAUCAGGGAUUGAACCCACGCCUUCCGGCAGUGAAAGGAAUUCCCUAACCACUGGACCACCAGGGAAUUCCCUGAAGGUUCAUUUCUAGUCGUGAUUCAACUAGAACUUCAAAAUAAUUGUUCAGCCUUUUUUUUUUUAAUGUUUACUGGGAUUGGGAUUUUGUUUACCUCACCCUUGGUUCAAACUCUCUGAUUUGUUAUUUUUAGUGUACGUGAGAAUUUUAAAAAUUGACUCUCCAUUGUGUUCCCAAACUAGAAACCAGUUGGCUUGGAGGCAUCUUUAGGUAGUGGGUAACUAAAGACGUUUGUCAGUGUUGUGAAUAGUUGCUUUUUGCUACUUUACAACUUGCAUUUUCCAGACUAUUUAUAUUUUACCUUUCUACUUUAACCUCCUUCUCGGUUCCACAUUUAUUCUAUUGUCUUGUCCUCCAGCCACCUCUAUAGAUGUGUGUCUACACAUAAAAACAUACCUAACCCCAUUUUCCUAUGCCCUUAAUAAAGU